CUGGGGAAAGCGGGGACUUCUCCCGCAAGAAACGGGAGGGUCGUGAGUCCCACGCGCGCGACGGCGUGAGGGCGGAGGAAGAGCGACUGCAUCACGGUUGUCGAUGGACGGAGAUAUCACGGAGCAGCUGAAGAAGACGAAGACGAAGACGAAGAAAGAGGGAGAGAGAGAGAGAGAGUCGGUUUCGGAGCUCCGAAGGUUUGACCGAUUCAUUCACACUCAAAGGCAAAAGCCCUCAGAGAGAGUAUGAUAGAAAAGUGAGGAGGAGAGCGGCAGUGAAUGAGAAACCCGCCAUCGCUUCUCUCUCUCGCCAUUGACUCGGCAGUCCCAAACCUCCCCAACUUCGACGAUCUCUCCCCCCUCCCCGACCACGUCCUCGUCGAUCUCUUCCUCAGAACAUUGCGAGCUGGAAAGCUGACUGAGAAGAUCUUGAACCUUUUCGUAGCAACUGGCAAAGAAGAGGUUCUCACGCUUAUUCGGUCUCUAAAUAUCCGGCGCGUUAUCACUCCUGUUCUUCCUACCACAACUAUCAAGGAUAACGAGGUUGAUAUUGUGAUCGGAGCCCUCCGCUCUGACCUCACAUCUUUUCUUAAUGGAUGGAGGUCAGUUUUCUCCCAGUUCCACCUGAUAAUUGUCAAAGACCCUGAUCUCAAGGAGGAACUUAAGAUACCUGAUGGCUUCAAUCUCACUGUAUACACAAAGACUGACAUAGACCAAAUUGUGGGCUCCACUGCACUCUCUUUCUCUGGUUACUCAUGCCGCUAUUUCGGUUUCCUUGUGUCCAAGAGGAAGUACAUCAUAUCCAUUGACGAUGACUGUUUCCCUGCCAAAGACAAUAAAGGGAUUUUUGUGGAUGCCAUGGCCCAGCACAUUGAAAAUCUCACGACUCCAGCGACUCCCUUCUUCUUCAACACACUCUAUGACCCUUAUAGAGAGGGAGCAGAUUUUGUUCGUGGAUAUCCAUUCAGCCUUAGGAAUGGAGUGGACUGUGCAUUGUCCUGUGGACUUUGGCUUAAUCUAGCAGAUCUGGAUGCUCCCACACAAGCUCUUAAGCCUGGGCUAAGAAACAACCAUUAUGUUGAUGCGGUUUUAACUGUUCCAAGAACGACUCUGAUGCCAGUGAGUGGGAUCAACAUUGCUUUCGAUCGAGAGGCUCUGGGUCCUGCACUUUUCCCUGCUCUGAAGCUAGCAGGGGAGGGGAAGGUGAGGUGGGAAACCAUGGAGGAUAUAUGGUGUGGAAUGUGUGUGAAAGUGGUGUGUGAUCACUUGGGCUUGGGUGUGAAGAGCGGGAUUCCCUAUGUUUGGAGGAAGGACCGUGGCAAUGCUGUUGAGAGUCUAAAGAAAGAGUGGGAAGGUGUGAAGCUGAUGGAAGAAAUCGUGCCGUUCUUCCAGUCGCUGAGUCUCUCGAGAACAGCUGCUACAGCUGAGGAAUGUGUGGUGGAAAUGGCUACAACUGUGAAGCAGCAUCUCGGAACAGCACAUCCGGUGUUUGGUCGUGCUGCUGAUUCCAUGGUGGAAUGGGUUCGAGUGUGGAAGGCCGUGGGGUCCAAAUCGUCCUGAUCGUGGGAAGAACUAUUUCAUUGAGUGUAGCUGAUUCCUCUGUUUUCAAAAACUUGAAUUGUAGUUCGGAUUGAUACACUUAAAUUCUAGCCGUCGCCUUAUGACUAACGUGGUACCUCUAAGAGUGCUUCCUGUCUCUGUUGGGAGAGGAAAUAAAAAGAAGUUAGCCGCUGUCUCUUCAGCCAUUGUCUGGUUACUGGAGUCGUUCUUUAAACCAAUGAAACACUGGAAUUUGAUCGUAUUUUGUCUGUAUAAGUUGCUCACAUUGCCUGUUAGUCAACUUUUAGCCGACCAAGCUUUUGUUUCA